AAGGCUUGCAGUUUGUAACUUUGUUUCUAAAAGGCAAAAUCUUAAAAGUAUUUGUAAUUUCUCCUUUCUGUUUCAGACAUCGGUCAUUUCUUUAAAAAAGAGCUUACCCAAGUUACCUUUUGUAACGAGAUUAUUUAAGCAGUGCUUACGAGUUACGAGUCAUCCUGAGCCGCAGAAUGCGUGCUUUCGAGUUAAUGAAGUGCAUCGCAAUAAGGCUACACACAAAAUAUUGUGUCAUCAUACCAAAUGGCAAGCAGUUCGAUGAUUGAUCGUCUUUUCGGCCAUAUGAUUUUAUGAUUUUAUCACCUUUCUCUAUUCGCCUUGACAAGAGUGAUUUUGUAUCCAUUGGAAAGUAGCUGAGCGUGCAGGUUUCAUGCUUGAAUCAAGGUUUGAUGCGCUGUGGGAGUAGCUUAGCUUUGCUGGACGUAGUACAUCAUGCAUUGAUGGUUACUUCGGUUUCCACUGUUUCCCCUUUCGCCAGCUACGCAUCAUUUGUAGAUUAAAUGGUUCGUUGGGAUGAUUUUAUGGUAUCGGUGAUAAGGAUGAGUAGACAUACUAGUAUCACUACGGAAUACGUUCCGGACAUGUGUGAUUUAUCGAAUGUGCACAUUACCAGCAAAUCAUUAUCCGAAGAUCCCAUUCUACGUCCGGACACUCCGCGGGAAAACAAGGAGAAAACAACUAGCAUUCUGUCUGGGACAUCAGAAACAACUUCCGCCCGCAUGUCAAGGAAAGUUAUGCUAUCGCUUCCCGAUGUUUCCAAACCGAAGCCGUCCAGUGUAAAAGGAAAGAAGCAAGCGGCGCCCAGCGUUGAUAUCAACCGCGAAAUCAGCAAAUGCAAAGAAAGCCGAGCCACGCGGCUGGACUUGAACAAGGCCAAUAUAUCCGCUGUGCCGGCGUGCAUAAAGGAGCUGUCGAAUUUGACGGAACUGUAUCUGUACGGCAACAAGCUGCUGUUCUUGCCUUCGGAGUUGGGCCAUCUUACCCAGUUGCAAGUUCUUGCGUUACAUGAGAAUUCCCUCAGCACGCUGCCCUCAUCCAUGGAUCGAAUGGCAUCGCUGCGAAUUCUUGAUUUACGGCAUAACAAGCUACAAGAAAUUCCGGAUGUUGUCUACUCGUUGACGUCAUUGACAACAUUACAUCUGCGCUUCAAUAAAAUUCGUUCGGUUAGCGAGGAAAUUAAGAAUCUCACGCAUCUAACGAUGUUGAGCCUGCGUGAGAAUAAAGUAAAGGUCUUGCCGAAAGGAAUUGGCGCCUUAACGAAGCUCACCACAUUGGAUUUGUCCAACAAUCAGCUGGAGAGCAUACCUAGCGAAGUGGGAUGUUUGCUACAGCUAACCACCCUCGAUCUACAGCAUAAUGAGAUUGUGGAAAUCCCGGACAGUAUUGGCAACUUAAAGUCAUUAGCGCGCCUCGGAUUGCGGUAUAAUCGCUUGACGUCCAUCCCGGAAUCGAUUAAGAACUGCGCUAACCUUGAUGAGUUUAAUAUCGAAGCCAACAAUAUCGUGCAACUUCCACAAAUGCUCCUUGCCAACUUGUCGCAUAUGAAAACCGUGACGUUGUCGAGGAAUAAAUUCGUGGAGUUUCCCGCCGGGGGACCGGCGCAGUUUUGUUCUGUGCAGGCAGUUACAAUGGAGCAUAAUCAGAUCAGCAACAUUCCCUUCCUUAUAUUCUCCCACGCACCCUUCUUGGCCAAAGUCAAUAUGAAAGAAAAUCUCCUGCGAAGUUUACCCCUUGACAUUGGUACAUGGAUCAAUGUGGUGGAACUAAAUUUUGGAACCAAUAAACUGAGCAGUCUUCCCACCGACAUUGGUUUAUUGGUUAACUUGGAAGUGUUGAUCUUGAGCAACAAUGAACUGCCGUAUCUGCCGGGGAGUAUCGGUAAACUCCGGAAGCUGCGCGUGUUGGAUCUGGAGGAAAACAAAUUAAAGAACUUGCCUAGCGAGAUCGGGUUUCUUGGAGAACUGCAGAAGUUAGUCGUACAGUCCAAUCUGCUGACUAACUUGCCCCGAUCGGUUUGCUCCCUGAUGAAUUUGACGUACAUCGGUGCCGGGGAGAAUUUGUUGACAACUCUUCCUGCUGAAAUUGGUCAGCUGGAAAAGCUGGAAAUGCUGUACCUGAACGACAAUCCUCACUUGCAUAGUCUGCCAUUUGAACUGGCAUUCUGCGGCAGUCUGCAGAUUAUGAGUAUUGAAAACUGUCCAUUGACGGAAAUCCCGCCUGAAAUUGUUGCCGGUGGGCCAUCGUUAGUGAUUCAGUACCUUCGUGUCCAGGCUCCAUAUCCAACGGUUUGAUAGUGAUGUCGUGCUUGCCGCAGUUAGUUCCUGUUGAAACCUUUUGUUUCCGUUGAAAUGUUUUAAUGUCGCUUAUCAGAAAUUUAUGUUGUACCGUUUACCUAGUUUUUAGCUUUUAAGAUUUGAUCUUUCGGUAAAACUGCAUACAUUUUUUUAUCCAGAUCUGACUGUUUUCUUGUUCCUAGCGUGGACAUUUUAUAUUUUUAUGCGUAUUACGGUAUUUUUAGAUUUGGUGUUGUGUUCAUCUCAUUUGUUGAUGAUAUUUCGCUCAGUGAUUGGAGAUCUCAAUGAUAACGAAUAACGAUACACUUAAUUUUCCUCAUAUUGGC